CGCCAGCCACUGCCUCCGAGCCGGCCGCAGAGUCUCGGCUCCCGCGAGCGCUCCCCGCGCAGCCUCCGACUCCGGCCGCCGCCUCCCCGGGCGCCCUGCCCGCCCCGCGCCUCUCCCGGACUCGGCGCCCUCGCCGCCACCCCGGGCCGCUGCACCCGAGCGCACACAGGCUCUCUGCUGGGCACAAACAGCUCCACCAUGGGGCUGGCCUGGGGACUCAGUGUCCUAUUCCUGUUGCAUGCGUGUGGUUCCAGCCGCAUUCCAGAGUCUGGGGGAGACAACAGCGUGUUCGACAUCUUUGAACUCACCGGGGCUGCCCGUAAGGGCUCUGGGCGCCGACUGGUGAAGGGUCCUGACCCUUCCAGCCCAGCUUUCCGCAUCGAGGAUGCCAACCUAAUCCCCCCUGUGCCUGAUGACAAGUUCCAAGACCUAGUGGAUGCCGUGCGGGCAGAGAAAGGCUUCCUUCUCUUGGCCUCCCUGAGGCAGAUGAAGAAGACCCGAGGCACUCUGCUGGCCAUAGAACGGAAGGACCACUCGGGCCAGGUCUUCAGUGUGGUCUCCAAUGGCAAAGCGGGCACCCUGGACCUGAGCCUGACCGUGCAGGGGAUGCAGCAUGUGGUGUCAGUGGAGGAGGCGCUCCUGGCCACCGGCCAGUGGAAGAGCAUCACCCUGUUCGUGCAGGAGGACCGGGCCCAGCUGUACAUCGACUGUGAGAAGAUGGAGAACGCAGAGCUGGAUGUCCCCAUCCAGAGCAUCUUCACCAGGGACCUGGCCAGCGUGGCCAGACUCCGCAUUGCCAAAGGAGGGGUCAAUGACCAUUUCCAGGGGGUGCUGCAGAACGUGAGGUUUGUCUUCGGAACCACACCAGAAGCCAUCCUCAGGAACAAAGGCUGCUCCAGCUCGACCAAUGUCCUUCUUACCCUAGACAACAAUGUGGUAAACGGCUCCAGCCCUGCCAUCCGCACUAACUACAUCGGCCACAAGACGAAGGAUCUGCAAGCCAUCUGCGGCAUCUCUUGUGACGAGCUGUCCAGCAUGGUCCUGGAGUUGAGGGGCCUGCGCACCAUUGUCACCACACUCCAGGACAGCAUUCGCAAAGUGACUGAAGAGAACAAAGAGUUGGCCAUUGAGCUGAGGAGGCCUCCACUCUGCUACCACAAUGGAGUUCAGUACAGGAAUAAUGAGGAAUGGACUGUUGAUAGCUGCACGGAGUGCCGCUGUCAGAACUCUGUUACCAUCUGUAAGAAAGUGUCCUGCCCCAUCAUGCCCUGCUCCAACGCCACAGUCCCCGAUGGAGAAUGCUGCCCACGGUGUUGGCCCAGCGACUCUGCGGAUGACGGCUGGUCCCCGUGGUCUGAGUGGACCUCCUGCUCUGCGACCUGUGGCAAUGGAAUCCAGCAGCGCGGUCGCUCCUGUGACAGUCUCAACAACCGAUGUGAGGGCUCCUCCGUCCAGACGCGGACCUGCCACAUUCAGGAGUGCGAUAAGAGAUUUAAACAGGAUGGCGGCUGGAGCCACUGGUCCCCGUGGUCAUCUUGUUCCGUGACCUGCGGCGAUGGUGUGAUCACAAGAAUUCGACUCUGCAAUUCUCCGAGCCCCCAGAUGAACGGGAAACCAUGUGAAGGCGAAGCCCGCGAGACCAAAGCCUGCACGAAAGACGCCUGCCCCAUCAACGGAGGCUGGGGUCCCUGGUCACUGUGGGACCUCUGUUCUGUCACCUGCGGAGGAGGGGUGCAGAAACGUAGCCGGCUCUGCAACAACCCCACACCCCAGUUUGGAGGCAAGGACUGUGUCGGUGACACGACAGAAAGACAGACCUGCAACAAGCAGGACUGUCCGAUUGACGGAUGCCUGUCCAAUCCCUGCUUUGCCGGGGUCAAGUGUACGAGUUACGCAGAUGGCAGCUGGAAAUGCGGUGCCUGUCCCCCGGGCUACAGCGGAAACGGCGUCCAGUGCGAAGAUGUGGAUGAGUGCAAAGAAGUACCCGACGCCUGCUUCAACCACAACGGCGAGCACAGGUGUGAGAACACCGACCCCGGCUACAACUGCCUUCCCUGCCCGCCUCGCUUCACGGGCCCGCAGCCCUUCGGCCGGGGUGUGGACUACGCCACCGCCAACAAACAGGUGUGCAAGCCGCGCAACCCCUGCACGGACGGGACGCACGACUGCAACAAGAACGCCAAGUGCAGCUACCUGGGCCACUACAGCGACCCCAUGUACCGCUGCGAGUGCAAGCCCGGCUACGCGGGCAACGGCAUCAUCUGCGGGGAGGACACGGACCUGGACGGAUGGCCCAACGAGGACCUGGUGUGCGUGGCCAAUGCCACCUACCACUGCAAAAAGGAUAACUGCCCCAAUCUGCCCAACUCCGGGCAGGAGGACUACGACAAGGAUGGAAUCGGCGACGCCUGUGAUGACGACGAUGACAAUGAUAAAAUCCCAGACGACAGGGACAACUGCCCAUUCCAUUACAACCCAGCCCAGUAUGACUACGACCGAGAUGAUGUGGGAGACCGCUGUGACAACUGCCCCUACAACCACAACCCCGAUCAGGCUGACACGGACAACAACGGGGAAGGAGACGCCUGCGCCGCAGACAUCGAUGGGGACGGUAUCCUCAAUGAACGAGACAACUGCCAAUAUGUCUACAAUGUGGACCAGAGGGACACAGAUAUGGAUGGGGUUGGAGAUCAGUGUGACAACUGCCCCCUGGAACACAAUCCAGAUCAGCUCGAUUCUGACUCAGACCGCAUUGGAGACACGUGUGACAACAAUCAGGAUAUUGAUGAAGACGGCCACCAGAACAACCUGGACAACUGUCCCUAUGUGCCCAAUGCUAACCAGGCUGACCAUGACAAAGAUGGCAAGGGAGAUGCCUGUGACCAUGAUGAUGACAAUGAUGGCAUUCCUGAUGACAGGGACAACUGCCGACUCGUGCCCAACCCUGACCAGAAGGAUUCUGAUGGUGAUGGUCGAGGUGAUGCUUGCAAAGACGAUUUUGACCAUGACAAUGUGCCAGACAUUGAUGACAUCUGUCCUGAAAACAUUGAUAUCAGCGAGACUGAUUUCCGCCGAUUCCAGAUGAUUCCUCUAGAUCCCAAAGGGACAUCCCAGAACGACCCUAACUGGGUCGUACGCCAUCAGGGUAAAGAACUCGUCCAGACCGUCAACUGUGACCCUGGACUUGCUGUAGGUUACGAUGAGUUUAAUGCCGUGGACUUCAGUGGCACCUUCUUCAUCAACACGGAAAGGGAUGACGACUAUGCUGGAUUUGUGUUCGGCUACCAGUCUAGCAGCCGCUUUUAUGUCGUGAUGUGGAAGCAAGUCACCCAGUCCUACUGGGACACCAACCCCACUAGGGCUCAGGGAUACUCAGGCCUUUCUGUGAAAGUUGUGAACUCUACCACCGGGCCAGGCGAGCACCUGCGGAAUGCCCUGUGGCACACGGGAAACACCCCUGGCCAGGUUCGUACUUUGUGGCAUGACCCUCGUCACAUAGGCUGGAAAGAUUUCACUGCCUACAGAUGGCGUCUCAGCCACCGGCCCAAGACGGGUUUCAUUAGAGUGGUGAUGUACGAAGGGAAGAAAAUCAUGGCUGACUCAGGACCCAUCUAUGACAAAACCUAUGCUGGUGGCAGGCUAGGGUUGUUUGUCUUCUCGCAAGAAAUGGUGUUCUUCUCCGACCUGAAAUACGAAUGCAGAGAUUCCUAAGCAUCAGACUUGAUCAAAAGACUGAUCCUAACCAAUGCUGGUGUUGCACCUUCUGGAACCACGGGCUUAAGAAAACCCCCAGGAUCCCUCCUCCCUGCCUUUUCUCUGCUUGCAUAUCAUUGUGGACUCCUAGACUAUGGGACUUGCCUCGAGAAAAUGCCAUUUUCCCAAUCAGACUCAGCAUGCAGCCUCUGAAUGUGAAGAGAAUCGCCCAAGAACAAAAACAAUCACAUUGGUUUGCUUUUCAAAAAGUAAAAGCCCCCAUGUGCUCCAGCUGGCAGGUGGCCGCUCCACUCUGUUCCUGUCAGAGUAGAGUGCUAUGGGGAAGCCAUCUUGGAGCAGUGGACUCCAAAGCAUUUCCAGGCUUGUGAGAGAAGGGAGGACUCACUAGAAUUGGCAAACCACCACCCUUGACAGACUCCCUCGGAACUAGGGGGAGCAGGGGCCAAAGCCCUAAGGGGAGGGCGUGUCCCCAAGAGAUGAUUGUAUGAAGAAAAGAUGGAGGAGCUGUUACGUGUUCGGUACUAAAUCAUUUUCAGGGGAUUUGGAAGACUCUUGCUGGAUUUCAUGAUGCUGACCAGUGUUAGCUGAUUAACCCGCAUACAUAGGCACUUACACAGAAGCAGGGAAGGGAGGGAGAGACUGGCUUCUGGACUUCCUCCCAGAUCCCCAUCCCUUACCUCUCACCCGUAGUGACCACACUAGGGAGUGAGAAUGAAGCGGGUGGAAGGCGAUGCUGGCUGCCCCUGCCUGCUUGCCAGGAAAUUGGUUUUAUUCCACACGUAGCUUGUGCAGAUGCAGCAGGAAAAUCAGAAAACCUACCAUCUCAGUGUGCACCAGGCUGCCUCCCAAGGGAUGGGCAGCCAUGCUCGUAUAUUUAUGGUUAGAAAGGCACAAAAUAAUUAUCAACUAAAACAUUCCUUGUCUCUUUUUCCUGAAUAUCAUGGAGUUUUCCAACUCUUUUAGACUGUAGGGUUUUUUGUUUUUGUGUUUGGUUUUUUUUUUUUUUACAAACACUUUACAAUAUAAAAUAUUUAUUUUCUACUUUGGAGGAUCUGUCUGAAAGACUAUUCAUGGAACAGGAAGAAGCAUAAGGACUAUCCGUAUCAGCUUUGUUAGGAGUCUUCAUGACUGUAAGAUUGUAAAUACAGAUUAUUUAUUAACUCUGUUCUACCUGGAAUCUCGGUUUCAUAUGGAAAGCGUCUGACAGCAGGUAGUGGAGAUUGAGAACAAAUCUCUCAAGAACGGCACGAGGAACAUCAGAGCGAGCUGCCCUUCACUUUGCGCUCAGAGUGAAUGAUUUGGGAUCUUUUUUUGUCUUUUCAAGUGGAAUUGUCCAUUUGCUAGUGUCUUUAAGUCUCAAAGAAAGCCAUGAGGCCUUUCAAACUGUUGUACCCCAUCCCUUGUGCCUAUUUCCAGGGAGAAGAAAAGCAUCUACACUUUGUUUUUCCAAAAGAGAAAAAAAAAAAUAACAAAGGUGAAACUUAUAUACAAAUAUUACCUCAUUUGUUGUGUGACUGAGUAAAGAAUUUUUGGAUCAAGCAGAAAGAGUUUAAGUGUCUUACAAACUUAAAGCUACUGUAGUACCUUAAAAAAAAA